AGACGAUUUAGGGUGAGAACAGCAAGCCAUCAAGCCAAAAUCCCUGGAAGGCCCGCUUUUUCUGUACACAUGUAGUGAGAAGUAGUAAUCAAUAAGAGAACCCUGACGAUUUGCUUACAAUCAUUUGGGGCUCGUCACGGCGGCGGUGAACAUAACCUGGUGAAGCUUCUAACAGCUGUUUCUGACACAGAUAAAUAAAGGCCACCGACACAGACGCACUCACAUUAAUAUAUCUAGGGCACGCUCAGCUGUAUAACUGACUGUGUGCACACACGGUGCACUCGCAACAACCGUUGUAAAACGUUACGACUGUUACUACCAGCGGCAACCUGCGCACGCCGAACCAUCAAGACACGUCAAAACUUUGAAACAUGCUGACCAUCUCUACUCACCAUACCCCAUCCGCAUCUCCUGGAAGUGAUGUCCCCAACCUCACAGAAUUGCAGACAAUUGACAUCACAUCACUUAUCACCACAUCCACUAAUAUGUGUUUACCGGGCUCAGUGGGAGAUUCGCCAUGUUCUGACAUGCGGACUUUCUCCUCGCGCCACAGUUCAUCUGCCUCGCCCCAUUCUCCUCAGAGCGUUUACGAAGAUGAACUGUCUGACAUUCAAGACAUCUUGCAACGCUGUGCUCCUGGUUCUUCAGAUGACGAUGAUGACACGAGUGUGGUACUAGACUUUGAGGACUUGGCUUUUCUAGAUAAGUUUUCUAGAACAAGUGAAAUGGUAACAGUGAUGGACAGGUGUGACGAAUACCAUCAGCCUUUGCCAUCAGAUUCAGGUUACUCGCUACACUACUGUAACAACAACAGUGCCAACAGCUACUACAGUACAUAUCCCUCUUGGGCUCAUCCUAACUAUGAUGUCUACCACCGUCCACACCUAAACGGCCAUACAACGUUUCCUCCUACGCCCUCACCCAGUCCAGGGCCACGCCCUAUUGACAGCCGCACGCCUCGCACCACGAAUGUGUCAGACGUUGAUGACGAAGAUGAAGAGGACGAUGAAUACAAGCCAUACUGCGACAGUAAAAGAGGUGCCAAAAAGAAUCUGCUGUGGAAAUUUCUUCUGUGGGUGUUAGAAAACAGGGCAGAUCUCGCUGAAUGGACUGACAUUACAAGGGGUACCUUCAAGUUUGUAGACACAGCCAACGUCAGCAAAAUGUGGGGACUACGUAAACACAAGAAAGACAUGACCUUUGAAAAACUCAGUCGGGGAAUAAGGCACUACUAUAAACGAGGACUGAUGGAGCGUCAAGCUAAUACCCGGCUGGUCUACAAAUUUAACUGGGACAAAGUGCCGAAAAAAUACAGGAAGGCCUGAAAAAAAAACCCAAAAUGGAUCGUUUCUUCUUUGUCCAAAAUGUGCUCUGUGAGCGAGCAGCAUAUGUAAAUAUAUUCAGACAGAUAAUGCUGAAUUUACCAAAGACAUACUACCGAGUACAGACUAAACAGGCAAUGUGCACUUUUCAGACACUUGCCUACAACUCGAUGCAGACAUGAUCAGCUAACUAAAUUAACAAUCCUUAGUGUGGCCUUAAAGCUAAUAUGGCCUAGCCCAAAGUGUUGGAGCAGUUCUGUGUAUAUAGAAAUCGCCUGUUUAUCUACAAACGUGCUCGGUCUCCUUCAAUAAAACGCUUAGCGUAAGUAUACUCAGUUAACGGAAGGAUCGACUUCGAUCUCCCCAGCAGACGCCAUUGGCAGGACUAUCGUGCUUUGUUUCAUCAGUAACAAUUGACCGGAUAUCAGUUACUAGCUCGCAGGUCAAAUGUCAGUCUGCUGGGUCGCACGGGCGCAGCUGCGCGCGAUACUCGCUGCAUUGUGAUAAAGCGUUAAGCUGUUCAAUUCCCUCUUAAGAUCAUCUUGACACUGCGAGAGAAGAGACUUGUCCAUCUGCUCAACCAUCAACUACCCCCAUCUCUCUCCCUUACCUCCCCACCACCGCUACUGCCAUUGCCACAUACAUAUCGUCUUCUCCUCCCCGUCGAUACAAACCAAUCACAAAGCGCACGCUUUACUGACAAUACUCGAAUGCAAUUCUAAACUUCCGUAAGAAAGUUCCGGGGGUGGAAGUAAUUUUGUCGUAUAACUUCCGUUCUUUUUUACCUUUCACUUGAUAAUAAUUUCCGUAUUAGUAGGGCUGAGAAGUCGCGGUGGAAGACGUCCUUAAAGACCCUUGACAGUUAAGAAGCCAUAGAAAGUAUGCGGUAUUUUCGUCACGUAGACGCGCUCGAAAAAUGCGACGGCCAUUUCGGCUAACCAGUAAUUAAGAGAAUUAACAUUGUCUAAAAUGAACAAGGGCGCCAUUUAUCCUCGAGAUAAGCUAAACAGUUAUGUAAGAGCUCGCGUAUUACGUUAUUACCUAUUUUCGCUCGCGACCUUCAGUUUCGAAACUCGCUUACACCUUUUCCUCGGAAAGAAAGGAUUUCAUCUUUAAUUUUCUUGAUUGUGAAGUUACAGAAUGCAAGCAGAUAAGAAAAAAAGGACCUCCUCGUCGAAUAGAUGGCAAUGCUUGAUGUUUUUGUAUCAUGACUGUCACGUAAAAGUUGCCGAACACAGCUAUACAUUAGUCACACAGACCUUUUAUCAAACCUACUCAUGCGGUUUGAAUAAGUACACAAUACUUACUCAUAGAACGAAACUGAUGUAAGGGAUAGUGUGGAUGGCAUGCCAUAUAAGGUAAAGUCGGAAAAGAUAAAUGUUUUCAAGUAUUAUAGGACCUCAGAGUAAAAUUCUCAGAAAUCAUUCCUCAACUGAAAAAUCAUAUUCGAAAAAAUAAACUGCCUUAUUUACGUCCUCAUCUGUUGCAUUUACUGUUUUUACCAUAUUUUUACAUAUGAUUACAUAAAAUGAAGGAAGUUCUGCUUUUCUACUGCCAGUUAUAAUUGCACGUUCGAAUGAGUAAAUUUGUGUGCGUGUUUUCUUAUAUUUUCUUUGGCUCGAAAUGCAAGAAAUAUAGUUUAUGAACAUCCAUCUGUGUAGUACUUCCUUAUGUUGUCUGAGUCCCUCACCCCACACCUCCCCCACCAAAAAAAAAAAAAAAGUGUAAUUGUCAACUCUAAUUUUUUUUUUUAGGGAGGUCGAGGAUUAUAUUUGUGACAUUGGGCACAGCUCAUUUGCCAUUAAAGGGACUCCUUAAGGCGCCCGCUUCCUGCAUGUUAUACAGCCGAUCGCGAUUGUUCAAAAUGUACAUAAUGUCUGCUUAGCAGAUAUCCGACAGCACUUUGUACAAGAAUAUUGAUUCCUUUCAAGUCUCAGCUGAAAAAAAAGAGGAUACUAAGAGUCUUACUUGUGAAGAACUGUUUUAGAGGACGAAAGCCACGAAUAAACAAUAGUCAAAUGUGUGACAAGUGUGAGCCACAGAGGAAGAAAGAAGAAAUUAGAAACAGAGGGAAAAGCCCUAACAGGCAAAGAGAGAUAAGGGGGAUGAUAUAUGAACUCCCUCCAGCCCUCCUUCCCUCUACUGUCGCAUCACGAGUGCUAGAAAUUUGUUGGUUUGUUUUCUUUAUUCAGAAACGCAAACAGCCUCCCAAAAUAUGUGAUUGUGACCACGUUGCCACAGUCUUCCAACCCCUUCUUGUGAUCAUAUUGAUCUCAUUCCUUGUGAUCAAUUUUGUUUUCAUCUGUGAAUAAAUUAUACAUUUUUAA